CAAUACUACAAAGACAUUUGAUCAGUUCAUUCCGGUUUUCAAUUUUUCCAAGAAUUGUUUUUGUCUUGUUUUCAGCUUUCCAAAAGCUGCAAAUUCUCCUUUGCAAUUAGCUACUACUCAUUACUUUCCCAACUUGUACUUAGUUUCGGACCAGCUCCCCUGUUUGCAUUCACAUUCCUGUUUUUGGAUUGCAUGCAGAAAAAGACUGCUGCAUCUAAAACAAGAGUAUUCUUCGCUAUUCCGGUCCAAAAUUUUCGUUUGGUUUCUCGAAUUUCUUAAAGCUACACUAGUUUGGAACAUCGUUUUCAUUUGUUUUUGAGGUUUUUUGAUCAUGUCUGCUAAAUUGCAGGCUAAUUUGAAUUGUAUGGACAUUGUUCUUGACAUUCCUGAUGACCUUGUAAGCAGCGUGAGGAACAAGAAGAGAUGGCACUUGGCUCUUGCCAGUGUCAACUGUUCAAGGGCCUUGCUUUCUCUGUUCGGUCAAGUUCUUGCUAAAAAUGAGAGAAAUUUUUCUCCAAUUUCAUCUGAUAUGUGUGGCAAUAGCACCAGCAAGAAUGCCUCUACCUUUUCUGAAGAUGAAUGUGCCGUUGAUAUUGAUAAACCUCAGGCGGCGUCCUACUUCUCCAACGUUGAUCAGUUGAUCCCGUCCAGGCUUGUCAAGGAGAAAAGCCUUGACGCGCUUGCUAAGCUUGGAGGCGUUGAAGGAAUAGCUGCAUGUCUCAGAACUGAUGUGCAGCAAGGAAUAAACGAUGAUGUUGAAGGAAUUUUGAGACGAAAAGAAGCUUUUGGCACUAACACUUAUCUUAAGCCGCCUACGAAGAGUCUCUUUCAUUUUGUUUGUGAAGCUUUCAAAGAUCCAACAAUUCUCAUCCUCCUGGUUUGUGCGGCACUAUCACUUGGAUUUGGUGUGAAGGAAAAUGGACUGAAUGAUGGAUGGUAUGAUGGAGGAAGCAUAUUUGUUGCUGUUUCUCUUGUUAUUUCAGUUUCAGCAAUCAGCAACUUCAGGCAAAACAAACAGUUCUCCAGACUUUCCAAAAUCAGCAGCAAUAUCUCGGUGGAAGUUGUGAGAAACGGCAGGCGUCAAGAGAUUUCAAUUUUUGAGAUUGUUGUUGGUGAUGUUGUUUGCUUGAAGAUUGGUGAUCAAGUCCCUGCUGAUGGAUUGUUCAUAGAAGGGCACUCUUUGCAAGUCGAUGAAUCUUGCAUGACAGGGGAAAGCGAUCAUGUUGAAGUCAAUAAAGAUCAACACCCCUUCUUGUUUUCAGGCACCAAAGUUGCUGAUGGAUAUGUGAAAAUGCUCGUCACUUCUGUGGGAAUGAGCACCACAUGGGGUGAAAUGAUGACCACGAUCAGUUGCAGUCCUGAUGAGCAAACGCCUCUUCAAGCACGAUUAAACAAGCUGACUUCAUCAAUAGGAAAGGUUGGUUUGGCUGUGGCUUUCUUAGUUCUUGUCGUGCUUCUUGUCCGCUACUUUACGGGGAACACAAGGGAUGAAAAUGGAAACAAAGAGUUCAAUGGCAAUAAGACUAGAGUUGAUGAUGUGAUCAAUGCUGUGGUGGGAAUUAUUGCUGCAGCUGUGACUAUCAUAGUCGUUGCUAUACCAGAAGGAUUGCCGUUGGCAGUCACACUUACUCUUGCAUAUUCGAUGAAAAGAAUGAUGGCUGAUCAGGCAAUGGUAAAAAAGCUCUCUGCUUGCGAAACUAUGGGCUCUGCAACAACCAUAUGUACAGAUAAAACGGGCACUUUGACGAUGAACCAAAUGAAGGUAGCAAGGUUUUGGUUGGGCAAGGAAUCUAUGGAAGGAGAAAAUGUCACUUUGAUUGCACCUGAUGUACUAAACUUACUUCACCAGGGAGUUGGUCUUAACACUACCGGCAGCAUUUAUAGGCCCGCUGUAUCAGGUCCAUCAGGAAGUGGUUUUGAGUUCUCAGGGAGUCCCACUGAAAAGGCAAUUCUUUCAUGGGCAGUUCUAGAGUUGAACAUGGAUAUAGAUAAACAAGAUUUCACAGUUUUAUCAGUAGAAGCCUUCAACUCUGAGAGGAAGAGAAGUGGCGUUUUCUUGAAAAAUGUUAAAGAGGGUACAGUUCAUGCACACUGGAAAGGAGCAGCUGAAAUGAUUCUGGCAAUAAAAGUGAUUCUUCUGCUUCGGAUGGCUGUCAUCGAGCUUGCUAACUUGGCUAGUUGUUCGGCUACGGCAUUAUCUGUUUUCGACACCUGA